AAAGAAGUUCGUUCCAUUACACUACGUAAUCCGACCCUGUUACCUGUUCAGUGGAAGCUUGCUGGUGUGGACUCAUUGGGAGAGGAGUUUUCCGUGCCUCAAGACGCCGGAAUCGUUGAACCCAAAUCAGACUUUGUGAUUUAUGCAUACUUCCGAGCCAUGAAACCAUUCAAAUCAGCUCAGAAGAAAAGCCUCCGUUUGGAGGUGUAUGAUAUGGACAAUCUAGCCGGAAGCGAUGGAGGAAUCGACUUUGGUCUUGCUCGAGUUGGAGAAGAGGUGAAACACAACUUGUCUUUGAAAAACAAGGGACCGUAUGAGAUCACAGUGAAAUUUACAAUUUCGCCUUCAGUACAAACGGACUUUGGUGCCAUUAUUGUACAGCAUAGAAAAACUCGGCAAAUAAUCAUUGAAAAUAAUGGAGAACACGACUUCCGAUAUUCUAUCCUUCGCAUGACCAAAAUGCGCGAGUUAGUCGCUGCGCGUGAUGCUGGCACGAUCCGAUCCAAAUCCGGUGAUAUGGCGUUGCUGAGCAGUCCACAAACGAAACUACAGCUUGGUUUCUUCACAAUCACUCCGGCCAGUGGAACUGUAUCACCAAACAACGCACAGAUUAUCACUGUUGAAUGCUUUGCAGAAACACGUACUAAAAGUGCAGAGGAGCUCGCCAUCGAAAUCACGGACCGAGAUAUGAAAGCGUAUCGUUUCGGAGUACCAUAUAUGCUGGUUGCUGAAGGUCACAUUCCAGGCAUUGUUACUAACGACCCGAGUGUUAUCUUUGAAGAGCACCGCAUAAGUCAAAACCUACAAAUGUUUCAACACGAGGAGUCCUCUGAUGAGAUUCAUUCUGGGGGAGUAUACGGGAUAGAAGAAAACUGUUUCAUGUUCACCAAUGCUUUAGUCGGUGCCCGAGUUCGCGCCAGAUUCUGUGUCGCAAAUCGCGGUCAAGUUCCUGCGGAAGUGUCGUUCGAAAUCGUGGGACAUGUUACCAGUGCUCAGGCGGCUGCAACAAGCCGUUCCAGCAGUCGUUCCACGCCCGGUGUGGAUGUCUUUGAAUUGGAACCGGAAAAGGUUCUAAUUGAACCACAUUCUGUUACUUAUGUUAACGUGACUUUCGUCCCAAGUGCGAUGCAGAAAUACAAAGCAUCCUUUAGAGCCUACAUGGACAAUCUACCGACUAGUGGUGGAGGCUCCGGACUCAGCAAUUCCGGACGAGGGAGUACGACACCGGGUGGAAGUAAACGUUCUCAAAUUGGACCUGUACUGAAGUUUGAUUUGGUCGGUCAGGGUCAUUUGCCCAGUGUGACAGUGCUGCGACCGCGAGCACGGAAUAGGCAAGGCGGAAUAAUGUGUGUGUUCAAACGACUGCAGUUACGAAGCCAGACCAGCCGUGUGUUGGCUUUGAAAAACAAUGGUGUUCUGAGUAGUCGGGUGAACCUUACUCUGACUGACGCCGAUCACGUGUUUUUCUUGGAACCGGUGCAAGUGAAUUCCGCUCUACUGUUUCUCAAUCCCCAAGCGCUUCCCGAGUCGAAAUUGGCUGCAAAAUUUCCGGAUAUUUUAUCUAGUUCUGAUGACAUUCGGCAGGAAUUAAAAACUGAAAGCCAGUUUCACACGGCUGGCCUAGUUUUACGACCAAACGUUGAGUUCGCUUUCAACGUCUUCUACAGACCAAAACAAUCAGGAGCGAAGAGCUUGGGGCAGAUCAAAAUUGUGGUAGUGAACAAUCCGUAUGAGGAUACAUUGGUUGACCUGAUUGGAGAAUCACUGGCCGAUGAAGUCUGCCUGCAAGAUCUGCCCCAGUUGGAGAUAGAAAGAGCAAUCAGCAUCAAAGAAGCAGUUCGAAAUUUUCAACAGAGCACACGGAAUUCAGGCGAUACUAUGAGACUUGAUGAAGUGGAUGCGGAGCUUGGUCGAGAUGAAGCUCAGGUGGCUUGUGCGCUUAGACACAAUGAAUUGGAUUUUGGAGAUUGUGCUCCAACCGACAUUCUCAGUCGUACGUUUACACUGGUACAUUGUGGGGAGUCCGAUACAACCAGCUUCCGGUUUGCAUGGCCAACUACCCAUUCAGUUCUGCAGUUCAAACCAGCUGAAGGACAUCUGCAUCCCGGACAUUCGAAACGUAUCACUGUCACAUUUAAACCAGGUGGUGUUCCUGUCUCUCUUCAGUCUAGCUCCGUGAAAUGCGUACUACAUCGUAUUCGUGUUCCUAUCAGCGAUGGAUGCGACCAGCCGACCGAUUGGGAUGAUACACAGCAAAUCAUUCAGUGGGUCGAUGCUCCGAUUGAUCCCUGCAAGAAUCCGCCAGUGAAUACUGCAGAGAAUGUACACCACUCGAAUGCAGGCAGUCGGGCUGAUUCACAACAAACAACCAGUCGGACGGGUUCAAUUGAUCAAAGUGAGAUCCCUGAAUUCGGAUCAGUUCAUGAGGUGACUCGGAAGAAACAAAAGCUAAUUGAAACUGAGCCAGAACCAACUUAUGAGGAGCUCCCCGACCGCACCGACCCAAAACCAGUUGAAUUAUUGGUAUCCGCAACGGCAGACUAUGCUCAAUACAUUUGUGAAGUGGACAGUAUUCGUUUCCGGGAUACGAUGAUGCUUCAACGGCGUGUAUAUCGAUUCGAGUUGAUUAACUCAGGACUCGUAACGCUGCACUAUAGGUGGAUGAUCAAAAUGACUAGUGCUGUGCCGAGAAGACAACUACAAGAUGCGGAAACCACAGAGGCAUGUGAUUGGGAACCCGAACUAGUUCCUUUUUUCGUCUCCCCUUCAGCUGGUUCAGUUUUACCAGGAAAGUCGACUUUCAUUGAGGUUACAUUCCAUCCUUUAUUGCCCGGGGAAUUCGAGGCACAGCUUCGUGGGAAUUUUGACAAUUUGGCCAGUCAGUCAGAAACAAGCAGUAAAACAGCCGUAAAACGCAAUCCUGUUAUUCCACUCGCAGGUGUAGCACAACAGUCCUAUAUAUAUCUAGAUAUGAUUGAGUCUGAUUAUUUAAGCGCCGGACGUCGCAAUCCAGAGCUCCUGGGUCCAUUGGGUUCGUCACUGGGGACAUCACUUGAUCCCACGACUCGUGUAAUUGAGUUUAAUACAGUUGGUGUGGGAAUAAAAAGUUGUAGAAAAAUUUCCAUCGCAAAUCUCACAACAGAGAAUCUGCGUUUUUCCAUCGUCAAUGAAGACGCCUCGACGCUGAAGGAACCACCCCCUGUGGUUUGUUCCGUUCCGAAUGGAGUGAUUGCGGGCGGAAAAAAGAGUGAGGUUACCCUUGAAUUCACCUCAACCGGUCUCGGUUUGGUGGAAUCGUUCUGGCGCCUGCUGGUAAACGACUUGGAUAUUAGUCUACCCUUGUUGGUUGUUUGCAGCACACGCGAGCCACUUGUUGUGUUCGAUCGUUCGCACGUCAAACUCCAUCCCGUUUUGGUGGGGUACACUUUGAGUGAAACUGUUUAUUUGGUAAACCAGGAAAGAUACAAUCCAUCGACAGAAGAAUCUACGCGCGCACUGACAUUCAAAUUCGUCGAAUCCAGUCGAUAUAGUAUUGGUCGACAGGAUUCCUUGACAGUUGAGCCUAUGUCAGGUGUGAUUGAACCAAACAGUCGGUUCCCUAUCAAAAUUUCGUUCACGGCCAAGGCGGAAAGAGCCCUGAAUAUCAAUCUAGUUUGUCAAAUUCAGCAUCGCCAAUUUCCACUAACGCUGAAUGUCAAAGCGGAAGGUUUUGCUGUGAAAGCCUCGACGUGGAUCGAAAGUACCGACGAGGGAGUACGGAAUCUGGAACUGAGUCCGCUAUGGACUCCGUGCAGUGGUACGGUCGAUCCACUUCACUAUAUAGAUGGCGCUAUUUGCCGUUUCAAGGAACAAACUAAAUACCACGCGGACCUGUAUUCGCUCGACUUUGGUGUCGUUCAACCUGGCGAAUGUAUCAGCAGAAAACUUACCAUACUAAACACAGGAAAAUUCUGCUGUGAUUUUUCUUCGCGCUUGAUAUCUUUGUGUAACGAUUCCGUCGUAUUGACGCGGUUGACUGAUCGUUUGAUCAAUGGUUCCAAUCAACCUGGUUCUGAACCUGUGUUACGCCUAAAUCCUGCCACGAGUACUAUUGCACCUGGAGAAAACGUUGAGUGCAGUGUAGUUUUUGCUCCACCCAAGAAAAUUAGUCUAUUUCCUGGAAGUCGUAUCAAAUUGGCCGAUCUCUCCAUAGCCUGCCUUCUAGCUGUUCGCGAGGGGCCCGUUUACGGGUUCAUCCUAGUCGGGUCUACUUCUGGACAGCCUGUUCACUUUUCCUCUCAAGUUAUCGAUUUCGGUCCGCAACUACUGUCUUCAAGAGGUUUGACUAGCGCUAAACGAUACCUCGUUCUUAGCAACACAGACUCAAAGCAAUCUGCCAGUAUAGACUGUCUUACUCCGAACGACGGUGUAUUCCAACAGUCUUUGGAACCCACCGUGCUUCAACCACGAUCCAUUAACUCAAUGAAUGGUUCAAGAUCAGAUACAGUUCGUGUGGAAGUCACUUUCACACCACAAGCAUGCCAACCGUACGAGCAGGAAUUUGUAUAUGAGGUGAACGGUUCCAUACAACAUGCUAUUAUGAUUCGCGGUGAGGGUACUGAUGUAGUGAUGCACAGUAAGCCUGGUCCGUUGACUAUUAUACGUAUCAACUCGAUGGGACAGGAUCGAGUGGAACAAAUCAUAACCGUCUCCGAUUCGGAAGUCAGAAAGAAACCCUUUCAACUCGGCAGCUUACAACCUAAUCAACGUUCUAGACGGGAGCCUGCCGUACGCAUGAUAUCACGUUUGACAGAUCGGCAGUCACCUUUGGUCCAGUUGUUCGAGGAAGUCAAUUGA